AAUUCCUUUUAAAAAACAAUCCUCACAGGUAGCGGCACAGUGCUGAAGCUGGCUUUUAGUCUUAGAGAGACCGUGGCCGUGAGGCAUCACAGUAGCGGAUUAAAGUGGGAAACAGCACGUGGCUGUCCCCACAGGUACAGGAAGGACCGUCUGAUAACGCUCAGCACCCACUCAUGAUUUAAAGCAAAACAAAGCUCGUGGAGGACGAGGCCUGGGAAGGUUUCUCAGCGGUAAAGAACGUUUGCUGAACGCCAGUAACAUAACACGAUGUUGAACAGUGACAGUCGUCCCCCGUGGCGGGGUACCAGGUUUGUGGUUGCUUGGCGCAGCGAGGGUCAUGCUGAAGUGGGGACCCAGCUGGGGUGAGGAGGAGCCCCUGGAAGCGGGAGAAGGAGAGGCACAUUCGAAGUCGCCACCUCUGGCAAACCAAACAUCGUCUAGAUCUGCAUACCCAACAGGCUGACCUGGCCACUGGACCCUGACAGGGUGGAGACACGGGUGGCGUGAAGCCGUGAGAGUGAAAUGCACACUGCACGUCCAAGACAGCGUGAGAAAAUGCAAACCAGCCAGUAGCAACUUCUAUGUUGAGUGGCCCUCAUGACACUGACGCUCUUCCCGGUCCGGCUCCUGGUUGCCGCUGCCAUGAUGCUGCUGGCCUGGCCUCUCGCACUAGUUGCAUCCCUGGGCUCUGCGGAGAAGGAACCCGAGCAGCCCCUGGCCCUGUGGAGGAAGGUUGUGGACUUCCUGCUGAAGGCCAUCAUGCGCACCAUGUGGUUCGCCGGCGGCUUCCACCGCGUGGCCGUGAAGGGGCGGCAGGCGCUGCCCACCGAGGCGGCCAUCCUCACGCUCGCGCCUCAUUCAUCCUACUUCGACGCCAUCCCUGUGACCAUGACGAUGUCCUCCAUCGUGAUGAAGGCAGAGAGCAGAGACAUCCCGAUCUGGGGAACUCUGAUCCGGUAUAUACGGCCUGUGUUCGUGUCCCGGUCAGACCAGGAUUCUCGCAGGAAAACAGUAGAAGAAAUCAAGAGACGGGCGCGGUCAAACGGAAAGUGGCCGCAGAUAAUGAUUUUUCCAGAAGGAACUUGUACGAACAGGACCUGCCUAAUUACCUUCAAACCUGGUGCGUUCAUCCCGGGAGCACCCGUCCAGCCUGUGGUUUUACGAUAUCCAAAUAAACUGGACACCAUCACGUGGACGUGGCAAGGACCUGGAGCGCUGGAAAUCCUGUGGCUCACGCUGUGUCAGUUUCACAACCAAGUGGAAAUCGAGUUCCUUCCUGUGUACAGCCCUUCUGAGGAGGAGAAGAGGAACCCCGCGCUGUAUGCCAGCAAUGUGCGGCGAGUCAUGGCUGAGGCCUUGGGCGUCUCCGUAACUGACUACACGUUCGAGGACUGCCAGCUGGCCCUGGCGGAAGGACAGCUCCGUCUCCCCGCUGACACUUGCCUUUUAGAAUUUGCCAGGCUCGUGCGGGGCCUCGGGCUAAAACCAGAAAAACUUGAAAAAGAUCUGGACAAAUACUCAGAAAGUGCCAGGAUGAAGGGAGGAGAGAAGAUGGGUAUUGCGGAGUUUGCGGCCUCCCUGGAAGUCCCUGUUUCUGACUUGCUGGAAGACAUGUUUUCACUGUUCGACGAGAGUGGCAGCGGCCAGGUGGACCUGCGAGAGUGCGUGGUUGCCCUGUCUGUCGUCUGCCGGCCGGCCCGGACCCUGGACACCAUCCAGCUGGCUUUCAAGAUGUAUGGAGCGCAGGAGGAUGGCAGCGUCGGCGAAGGUGACCUGUCCUGCAUCCUCAAGACCGCCCUGGGGGUGGCGGAGCUCACCGUGACCGACCUGUUCCGAGCCAUUGACCAAGAGGAGAAGGGGAAGAUCACAUUCGCUGACUUCCACAGGUUUGCAGAAAUGUACCCUGACUUCGCAGAGGAAUACCUGUACCCGGAUCAGACACAUUUCGAAAGCUGUGCAGAGACCCCGCCUGCGCUGAUCCCAAACGGCUUCUGUGCCGAUUUCAGCCCGGAAAACUCGGACGCUGGGCGGAAGCCCGUUCGCAAGAAGCUGGAUUAGGACCGAGGGUUGCGGAGAGACGCGGCCCCUCCCGCCUGGCCAUCACCGCCAUGAGCCUCUUUGCGAGUGACCUCUGGGCUCCGCUCCUCACUCCUGCUGUCCAGGCACUGUCUUCAGCCCGAGUUCCAAGGGCUUCGGGGGCUGUUUGUAUCUUGUUCCUUUGUGAAGAGUCUCUGUUGCAGAACCGGCGCGUACUGUGCGACAAUCGGAGGGCGCGCACGCGGAUCCCUCGCCUGGCUUGGACCCCGUGGGGUCAGGUUCCCUGCUGGGCGGGGGGCACCGGUGCCGCCCCGUGUUCUCCCACGGGGUCCUGACUUCGAGUCUCUGUCACUGCCUCUUCCAGCGGCAGCGUGCACCGGGCGGGCCUCCGUGCACACUCAGCGCACGCCUACCACACGGAGCGUGCGCCUGCGUGUCGCUCUGGCACGAAACCUCUGCCUGCCUCUGUGGUUCCACAGCCUGGCAGAGCCGUCGCCUGAGUUUUCAGUGUUUCUGCCUGUGUGCUGGAGCUCAUGAGUAUUUUAUAAACUCCAUUUAGGUACUUCAGGAAACAUGCAGCAUUUUUUUAAAAAUGAACAUUGUUUUUCUACUUCAUUUUUCCUUUUGGGGUCAAAGGAUAUUUAUUUAUAGGCCUUUUUUUUUUUUUUUUUUAAUAUAGAAUCUGAGGCUGUUUGGGCUUUGACUUAAAUUUCCAUCAGGCCUCUCUCCAGCAGGUCAUCCCGCUCCUUCUGCUGGGUCCCCUGGGGAGGUGUGAACUUGAGGACCUGGCCCCUAAACACUUUUUCUGCUUUUCUUAAUCCUUUUCCAGUCCUCUCUUUUUUAUAAACGUUGGCAGUUUGGUGUUUUUGUUUCGGCAUAACGUAAUCCACUUCACUGUAGCCUAAACUCCAAUCCGAAGUUGAAUAUUGUUCAAAUGAGCAGGGCCCAAGCUGGAAGCUCAAGGCAGCCACCACCGUGCCGUUCCUCCCUUGCUCUCAGGCCGUGUGGUGCUGGAAGCGGCUGCAUCUUCCUCUCAGCCCUGGUUUCCAUGGUGACUGGCAUGACACAGCCUCCUGAGUGUGGCUGACCUUCCUGCAGAGAGGGGAGCCGCAGUCUUUUGCUUGUGGAAGGAGACGCUGGGCCAUGCGGUGCGGAGGGUGACGAGGAUGUCUGGUGACAGCUGUGCGGACACCACUCCUCUUUGCAGCACUGCCUCCCGGCACAAGGGUCGCAGGCAUAUCCCACUGAGAGCAGGGGUCCUGCCCCAUCUUAGAGUCAAAGGCAGAGGGACUUCCAGGCCCUGGGAAGGGGGUAUUUUUGUGUCACCUGAAGUCCCCAUGAUGUCACCUUGUUUCAUAAUUUUUAAUGACAUAAUUAGAAACCCAUCCUUCAAGCACAAUAAUCAUCACAGACUUUAGUUGGCUUCCUAAAGCAAAGGCUCCGGGUUUAUUUGAAAAUUUUUUUUGAUUUCUGAAAUGAAUUGAUUUUUAUAUUUGGGGCAUCUCUAUAGAAAGUGACCACCAAGGCCAGUAAGUACAGGAAAAAUGUUUACUAACUUCCUCAGAGAUUCGUGAUACGCGUUUCUCCGCUGACAGACGUUUAAAAACAAACAACCUUCAGCUCCGUUUCAAUCAAUCACCUCGACUUGUUUCUAGCAUGGACACUGCCAGCAGGACAGACAGGGACGGAGUAAACCGAAGUCAAUUUCAGGGCUCUCGGUGUGUUGGACACAGAAGAAAUUCUAAUGCAGCCUUUGGUAGCUAACAGUCAUUGAUUUUAUAAUUGGAGAAUGCGUAAAGAUUCAUUUUUCAAGGAGAAGAGCCUGCAAAUGGCCAAUGAAGGAGGUAAAUAAACUAAGAUAUUCCGAGGGAGGGACCCAGGCCGUCUCCCUUCUGCACGUCUGCAGAUGAAGGGUUUUUUUGAAUGAAAUGCCACUGUGCAUUUUCAGAAAAAAAUCUCUGAUAAACAGACUUUGAAUGGAUGUUUGUUCCUCCUGAUUCUUUCUUCUCUUUGCGGUGACUUAGAGUUGGCGGGUGUUCAGAACUGUGAAUGUACAUAGCAUUGAGUUAAAUCCCUCGUGCGUGAGACGGGACGCAGUGGGCCCCCUGGUGGCCUGGGAGCCAGACCUACGGGCAGGCGGGGCAUGGGCCCUGGCCUGCAGGGACCUGCUGAGGCGUGAGGGCAGAGGGAGGGUCGCCACGAAGGAACUUGGGAUUUUCAAUGGAAUAAAUAAAACAUAAAGUCUUCUAUACUUGGGA